AUGUUGUUAAUCUCCUUUAUCACAUUUAUCUACUAUUUUUAUAGCGUUCAAGCUGACAAUUACGCAACCUAUCCAAAAGUUCCCAAAACUGCCUCAAUAAAUGGUUUUGCUGACCCGAUUAUAGACUUGUUACCUGAUUGUGCCAAGGAGUGUGUUAAGUUUAGUACUAGUAAUACCCCAUGUCCAUAUUGGGAUACUGGAUGUUUCUGUGUGAUGCCACAAUGGUCAGGGCUAGUUGGUCAAUGUAUUGCUCAAAAUUGCAAAGGUGAUGAUGUUGCAAGUGCCACCUUCUUGGCUACUUCAUUGUGUUCUACUGUUGGUGCUAAUACUUGGAUGAUGCCUGCCUCUAUUUCAACUAUGUUAUCCACCGCUGCUGGAGAUGCUAAAGAAGUUACCACGAUUUCAGGUAAAACUGCAGUGGAGUGGGUCACUGCUCCUGGUGAUACCGUUAGUUCUUCAGAUGGGUCUGGCUCGGCUACAAGUUCCGCUGCUACAUCUAGCUCUACUGGAAGUGAAAGCGCCGCAUCCGGUUCCUCAAGUAGUGCUACCACAAAUACUUCAUCCACAUCGAAUAUGGGUAUUUUACAAACAGGAAGCGUCGCUUCAGUAAUCCUUGGUUUCUUGUUAAGUUUUUUGAUCUAA